GUCGCGCCUACUCCAACAUGUAUGGCAUGUAUUGUCUAGUCGUUUUCUUUACCACCAUCAUUGCCACAUAUGGUUCCUUCAGCGAAAUUAUGGAUCAUGGCGCUACGUAUAAGGAAGUUGGUCUUUUCCUCAUAGUUUUCUAUUGCAUGAGUCUACUCUACAUCAUUUGCAAUGAGGCCCAUUAUGCCACACAAAGUGUGGGUUUGGACUUUCAAACGAAGCUGUUGAAUGUAGACCUUACUGUGGUGGACAGCGCCACACAAAAGGAGGUGGAAAUGUUUCUAAUGGCGAUAACAAAGAAUCCGCCUAUAAUGAAUUUGGAUGGCUAUGCGAAUAUUAAUAGAGAGCUGAUAACAUCGAACGUCUCAUUUAUGGCCACUUAUUUGGUAGUGUUGCUUCAAUUCAAAAUAACGGAACAAAGGAAUUACACUUUGAGGGGUGUUUGA